AUGUGCCCCUCCACCCCUCCACCGCCGGACGCCUCUAGCGCCGUCGCAUAUGCAGCGUCGAGGCCGGUCCUCCAGAACCCCUCCCCACUGCCGCCUCCACCAAACCCACACCCCUUCUAUUCACCGCCUCCUUCCAGGCUCUCUUCCAAUCCCAACCCUAAUUGCCCCCAAUUGGCCCCUCAGCCCCCUCACCCUCACGACCCUCCUCACUUUAUGUUCCCCCUUGCAACCUCCGGUCGAAAGUUUGUAUCCAGGCCUCUGCCCCUGCCGGCUGCCGGAUCCUCUCCGAGGCCGCCGCCGUUUGUUCUCCCAUAUUUUGAACCGGGUCAGGGCAACCCUGGUUUCCUCAGGCCGAACCACUUGCCUCACGUGAUAUUCGGGUCCGGGCCGGGUUCCGCCAGUAAUGCUUCUGGUGUAAUUAAAGGGAUUCCAGUGUCCCCCUUGCACCACCCAAAGGCCGGUCCACCUUCUACUUCAAUCUCCGAUAACAGUUUAAGGGAUAGAAAUAGGGAUGAUACUCUUGCAGUUGUCAAGGAUAGGAAGGUCCGGAUUACUGAUAAUGCAUCACUUUAUGCCCUCUGUAGGUCAUGGUUGAGGAAUGGAUUUCCUGAAGAAUUUCAACCAACAUACCUGGAUACUGUCAAAUCUCUUCCCAGACCUUUGCCUUUAGCUGCACAGGUUGUUGAUUCGCCAGAUAAAGUAGAACACAAAGAAGACGAAGGCGAGGAAGAAGGCUCUCUUGAAAAUUUGUCUGAAAAGGAGCUUUUGCAGAGACAUAUCAAACAUGCCAAGAAGGUUCGUUCACGGCUAAGAGAAGUACGGCUUCAACGAAUUACAAGAUUCAAAACCCGACUCGCUCUUCUGUUGCCCCCGAUGGUCGAACAGCAAUUUAAGACCGAACCAGCCGAAGCAAACUGA